AAAAGGUGGAGGAACUCCGGCUCCUGCGAAUUUUUCGAGGCCGCCGCCGGUGCCGGAAGGACGGAACGAAAGGCUGAUAUUUAAGCCGCUACAUUGGGACAAGGUCACGCCGGCCAACGCGGGGCAUUCGAUGGUGUGGGACAAAAUUACCGACGGAUCCACCGGUUUCGACGACGAGCUGUUAGAAACCCUAUUCGGCUACGUCCCUACCAACCACCCCCGCCGGCCCUCCGCCACCUCUGCUACAACCUCCACCUCCAUCUCCUGUCCGAGUCCCGCCCAAAUACGCCUUCUCGACCCCCGCAAAUCCCAAAACACCUCCAUCAUCCUCCGCACCCUCGCCGUCAGCCGCCAUGACAUCCUUGACGCCUUGAUCGACGGCCAUGGCCUCGAUAACGAUACCCUCGAGAAGCUCUCCCGCAUCUCCCUCACCAAGGACGAAGAAACCCUAAUCCUCUCAUUUUCGGGCGACACGUCUCACCUCGCAGACGCCGAGUCAUUCCUCUUUCACAUCCUUAAAUCCGUACCCGCCGCUUUCCCACGAGUCUCCGCCCUCCAUUUCCGCUCCUCUGUCUACGAACCCGAAAUCCUCAUCCUCAAAGACACUCUCAAAACCCUCGAUCUAGCAUGCAAGGAGCUCCGCACCCGCCCUCUCUUCCUCAAGCUGCUCGAAGCUAUUCUCAAAGCUGGGAACCGGAUGAACGCCGGCACGGCGAGGGGAAAUGCGCAGGCGUUUGAUCUCAUCGCUCUUCGCAAGCUCUCAGACAUCAAGAGCACCGAUGGGAAGACGAAUCUGCUCCAUUUCGUGGUUGAGGAGGUCGUUCGAUCGGAAGGCAAGCGUUGCGCUGCAUUGAACCGGAGUCAGAGCAUCCGGCAGCUGGCGGAGCAGGAAGCGCAUCGGAUGGCGAGGGAAGAGAGAGAGAAGGAGUACAUUAUGCUGGGAUUGCCAAUCGUCGGCGAGCUCAGCAUUGAGUUCGCAAAUGUGAAGAAAGCGGCUGCGAUCGAUCCCGACGCUCUCGCGGGUGGGGGCGCCGUGGAGGCGCGUUUGGCGGAGAUCCAGAAGCUGGUGGAGAGCUGGAAGGGGGAGGAAGGAGGCUUUGUGAUAGAAAUGACGGAGUUCGUGAAAGCAGCGGCAGGAGAGAUAGAAAAUGUGAAGGAUGAGCAGAGGUUGGUAAUGGAGAAAGUGAGGAGGACGACGGAGUACUAUCAGCCGGGGACUUCAAAGGACAAAGGCACGCAGCCGCUUCAGCUUUUUGCCAUAGUGAGGGAUUUCCUGGCAAUGGUGGAUCAGGCGUGCGUUGAUAUUACCAGGACUCUUCAGAAGAAGAAGAAGGCGGCAAACCCGGCGGAGGAAGGAGAGACAAAUCGCUCGCCGGCGGCGAAGACGGCCGAGUCACCGUCGGUGAGAGAGAAGAGGAUUACGACCAGGUUUCCGAAUUUACCUGCUCGAUUCAUGUCGGAUAAUUCAGUAUCAUCGGAUUCAGAGGAGGAAGAUGAUUUCUAAGAUGAAGCAAAGGUGUUCGUCCAAAUGCUUCAUUGAUUUGAUUGCUGGUAUGUUUUUUUCUUAAAAAAAAAUUAUUUCUGAAUUUAUGUUUUGAUUUCCUGUUAAAUUCAUUGGAAUUUCCAGUGACAUCGGAAAUUUGAGAAGAAAUUGUCAUUGACAUUGUUGUACAUAUAUUUCUUGUUUGAUAUG